GAGUUUAAACAUUUUGAUUUGGGGAGAUUUUGAGUUUAAAAUGACUGAAGAAUAAUCAGGAGAAUCUUUGAACCUGGAGCCUAGAAGUUUAGAUAAAGAUAUAGAUUUAAGAUUCAUUAGCACACAGAAGUGGAAAAUCCCAUAGACGGAGAAGCCUGGUAGGCUGCAGUCCAUGGGGUUGCUAAGAGUUGGACACGACUGAGCCACUUCACUUUCACUUUUCACUUUCAUGCAUUGGAGAAGGAAAUGGCAACCCACUCCAGUGUUCUUGCCUGGAGAAUCCCAGGGAUGGGGGAGCCUGGUGGGCUCUAUGGGGUCACACAGAGUUGGACACGACUGAGGCAACUUAGCAGCAGCAGCAGCACACAGAAGAUAGAACUAAAGGAGAGAUGAAAGAAGGCAGAUAAAUUGUUUAUUUUUUUUUUUUUGGUCUGUUAUCACUUAUUUCCCACCAGUGACUAGGCUAAUACAACAUAAUUUGCAAAUAUAUUAGUUAAAAUUAUAAUUUCUAAUAUUCUGGACAUAAAUUUUUUGCAUCUUAUUUAACAUUGCUCUAUUUAGCCAUUAGCUUUUUUCUUUUUUUUUCAAGUUUGUAUGUUUUAGACAUGGAAAAAAUAAUAAUAAACAUAUCUCAGAAAAAAGAUAAUUCUUUCUGAGGUGGAAACCACAUCUCUUCCUAUAUUCUACAGAAGACCCUGGUAAUGAACGUGCUAUCAGUAGAACCCCAAUUUCAUAAGGCAGUUUCUGAUAAUGACUCUCAAUAUGGAGCAGAUGUCCUCUUGUGUGAAACUCAAUUCAGCAAACUUUGCUAACUUCAUGUGGGGCUUCAAUUUAGGCACUGAAUUCUCGCUGAAAACAAGGGUCAGAUGUAGAGGAUCUGUAGGAACUGAGGUACAGAAACCCCUUCAGUCUUCUUUUUUAUGUAUUGCUUCUUUCUGCAGAGUUUAGGAUGACAGUGCGUUGGAUUCACUGACUUCCACGUAAGAAGCCUUGCAGUAUAGAGACCACUUUUCCUAGGAUCUGAUUUCUCCUGGGUGAGGUGAAACUCCAUGCCUCAUACGCACAAAAUAGAGACGAGACUCGGGAAUUACUGUGCUCUCUCUCUCCUUCCCGCUCCCCACGCAUGCCAGGUGCAGCUGCACUAGGGGUCGCCUCCUGGGUCUGUCCGGCUAAUUGUGGAAACCGUGUCUGCUGUUUUAUGUAACCGUGGUUUCGAAGCCUAGGAUCUCUCUGACGGGGUUAGAUCCGGCGCUGCAGCUCGCUAACUCCUUUCUGUCUCUGGAUUCCAUCUGCCCUUCCCCUGGUUUUUUCCCCCAUUCCUUUGUUCUUAGCCUAAAUCUAAUCUCUUCUGGGACCUCACAGACGGCGCGAGACAGAGGCGAAAACACCGGCAGGAUCCGGAAGCUUGGAUCCGAAUUUUCCCGGGAAUUCUGGCAAAUAGAUCUUUUAAAAGAGUACAGUCCACAAUAUUGUAAAGUAAUUAGCCUCCAACUAAUAAAAAUAAAUAAAAGAGUACAGUCCGAGAGGAGAGGGGCAAGAUAGGGGUAGAGGAUUAAGGAAUACAAAGUACUAUGUAUAAAAUAAAUAAACUAAAAGGGCAUAUUCUACAGCACAGAUAAUGUAGCCAAUAUUUUAUAACUAAAUGCAAUCUGAUUUAUAAAAAUAUUGAAUCGUUGUUGGUACACCUGAAAUUAAUAUAAAAUGUAAAUAACUAUACUUCAAAAAUAAAUUAAUAAACAUGAAAGGACAGGAUCCAUUAGAGGGCCCUGUGGAGGGUGGAGGAGGAUGGGGAAACAGCAGAAACAACGAACAGUCGAGUGGGCGGGGACAAUUGGCACCGCUUCCCGCCCGCGCGCUUUCGGUUUUCAGUCAGGUCCGCUGCUCUUGUAUAUCUGGGGUAAAAGCAGGCCUUUCUGUCCGCAAGGUUUUCUGAGCAGCUUAGUCAUGUCUGGAAGAGGCAAGGGCGGCAAAGGCUUAGGCAAGGGUGGCGCCAAGCGUCAUCGCAAAGUCCUGAGAGAUAACAUCCAAGGCAUCACCAAGCCCGCCAUUCGGCGCCUAGCUCGGCGUGGGGGAGUCAAACGCAUUUCCGGCCUCAUUUACGAGGAGACCCGAGGCGUACUGAAGGUGUUUCUGGAGAAUGUUAUUCGGGACGCCGUCACCUACACGGAGCACGCCAAGCGCAAGACGGUCACUGCCAUGGACGUGGUCUACGCGCUAAAGCGGCAGGGACGAACCCUUCCAAGUUUGAUGCAUGAAUUCGCGUCUUGGUUCGCUAUGGCUCGUACGAAGCAGACUGCCCGCAAGUCCACCGGUGGCAAGGCCCCGCGGAAGCAGCUGGCCACCAAGGCGGCUCGCAAGAGCGCGCCGGCCACGGGCGGCGUCAAGAAGCCGCACCGCUACCGGCCGGGCACCGUGGCCCUGCGGGAGAUCCGGCGCUACCAGAAGUCGACCGAGCUGCUGAUCCGCAAGCUGCCGUUCCAGCGGCUGGUGCGCGAGAUCGCGCAGGACUUCAAGACGGACCUGCGCUUCCAGAGCUCGGCCGUGAUGGCGCUGCAGGAGGCGAGCGAGGCCUACCUGGUGGGGCUGUUCGAAGACACGAACCUGUGCGCCAUCCACGCCAAGCGCGUGACCAUCAUGCCCAAAGACAUCCAGCUGGCUCGCCGCAUCCGCGGGGAGCGGGCUUAAGAAGUGUGCGCUCGGCUCGAGGUUCCAUCAAAUCCAAAGGCUCUUUUCAGAGCCACCCACGACUACACUUGAAAGAGGCUGUGUCGCUUGUCCGCCCUCUCUUGGCAGGCCUUCGCAUGCUCCGCGAGCGUAGGGCGCGCUCAAGACGGGCGGACCUUAGAGCGCGCCAAGCACUGGACUCCCAACAG